CUAGUUGAUAUUCCUCUUAUUUUAGUCGAAUUACGCGUACUACUUACAUGACUUCAUAUCACGCAGUUGAAGCAAUAAAAAUACGUCAUAAAAACACCAAGUUCAAACCUUCUUUGCGUGAGCGCCAGGGAAUUUAAAGGGCACAAGACUUCCAAGGUUGAACUUGCCCUUCCUAAUACAGGAACAAUUUAUCUCCUUAUACCUUGCCUAUCCACCUUCCUUUAGGAACUCCUCGUUAAACUAUUCAUACUCACAGAGACAUUAAACAAGAUAUUCGCAAACACAUACCUAAGAUAUUCCAUCAUGACCGAUAAUACAGGUAACCAAGACCAGAGCGGAGGCGGAGGCGGCGGGCUCCUCGGUAGCGUAACUGAGGGCGUCGAAAACAUCGUCACGGGCGGCGAUAAGGCUAAGGGCCAGGGAGGGCUUCUCGGAGGCCUUAGUGGAGCGGUUGGCAAGACGACGGAAGGCACCGGAAAUGCCCUCAAUCAGACGGCCAAGGGGGUCGGUAAUACGGCCGGCUCGGCAACUGAGGGAGUUGGAAACGUUAGCAAAAGUGUCACGGGUACCUUAGACAAUACUGUUAAAGGAGUAGCCGGCUCGGGACAGGGACAGAAGUAGGAGAUAUGCUUCGUGUCAGGGCGGCGGGAAGUCUGCAUGAUUGGAAUAGUAGGCGUAUUGAGUAAGAGAGCCGAGGGGAUGACGGGAAUUUGGAACAUGAAAUUUGUCGCCGUAGUUGAAUAGGUACUUAACAUACCUACCUCCUAAGGUACCUACAUAUCCCCCAUAUGACAUCCUUCUUACGUAUAGUACUAUUUUUUCAUGUGCCCUUUUGUUUUCAACAAACUCAUUUGACGGAUUAAGGCCAUCCAAUAACGUAGCGAGGAUCGUGGUGAAACUAUAAACUCAACUCGGAAUAUACUUGGGAUUUUCAUUAUGUCCCUUGCUCUAUUAGCGACUUACUACGUAGGUACCUGAGGUAUCCUAUGCUCGUAGAGUUGCUAGAAGUAUUG